AUGUCUAUCGGGUCUUAUUUGCUCUCUGACUUUAUUAUUGUAUUUAGUCUGGCAGCCUAUUUAGAACCGUCUCAUGUUCUCGAAUAUCUCGCCUACUUCGGUUUCACCUACCAGAUCCCAGGACUCAGCUCUGUCAUUUGCCCUCCGUUUGGUGUCAGUUCCUCCCCUUUUGGCGCUAUAGACAGUGAUAAUAUUGGAGGUGAAAGCUACACCAAUUGGUCUGAAUCUGCCAGCUUUUUUAACUCUUCAGGUGCUAAGCUGGCAAGCAGCACUGCUCAAGACCUGCUUUCGCGUGGCAUCACAGUGACGGCAGAGAAACGACUGGACGUACUUCGGCAUAGCACGAAGCGCACUGUCUUUUAUUGUCGCAUUUACGGUUCCCGGAAAGUCGGAAAGGUUAGUCAUUUAAAUAGUACAUAUAUUAAAAAUCUGGUUUCAAAGAUUCUCCUGAGAUAA